UCGCUUUGAAGUGCAUUCCCCCCCCCCCCAACACGUUGUUGCUGUGGGGCCAAACACCGACGCCGCCGGCAAGCUCAAGGAAUACAUGACAUGAGUGACGUUUGAAAACCAGCCCCUGACCCGCACCCCCCGCGUGGUAAAGCCCCUCGGGGAUAUUUUGCCUGGGGAUUAGUUGCCGGCAGCCCCUGGGUGCGGGGAGUGAAGUGCGGGAGUUGUUACCUCUCUGCAUUUAGAGCUAUGGCUUUCCUACUGGCUCCCCGAUCUUCAAACAGUUAAUUCUCCCGGCCGGUGCUCCAGGACUCAGAUGGCCAAAAUUCCUCUCCCUUAAGCCCGAGUCUCCCUCCCCUCCCCAUUGGGUCGCAGCUUUUGGGUCUCUCCCGAUCGUUGUUUCCUAUUGGCCGCGGAGAGGGUUUUUUUUUCCUCUCUCUUUUUUUUCCCCUUGACAGGCGCACGCAGGCUGCCCGGCUCCUGCAGGAAAAAAAAAAAUAAAAAAAAAAAAUCCCAGAAGUUUGGAUCAAUCAGAGAGAGACAGAAGGAAAGGGGAGAAGGAGGGAAAAAAAUAAUCCAGGCUGCAGCCCCUCUGAGCAAGUGCUGGGGACCUGCGCUGAGCACACCCUCCCGGCUCCGCCGACGGAGUAUCGCAGCCUCAUGUAGUGCCUUCAGGAGUCUACUGAGGGCUGGUUCUUCUAGGGGUGCAGCUGGGGACGGGUGGGGGGAGACAGAGGCGAGAGGCUCUACGUCUGGUCCCCGAGCCCUGCGCUCCCAGCCACUGGUCGCUCGUCCGCCCAAGGGUCCGGGCUGGGGGAUAAGAUGAGUGAGAGGCGAAGAUCGGCGGUGGCCCUCAGCUCCCGAGCGCACGCUUUCUCGGUGGAAGCUUUGAUCGGGACAAAUAAAAAGAGGAAACUGCGAGACUGGGAGGACAAGGGGCUGGAUUUGUCCAUGGAAAGCCUCAGCCCAAGUGGUCAGCUAGGGGACAAUGAAGAUCCGACUCAGUGCCUGGACCUCAACCCCGACUCAGAGCAGAGCACUGGGUCAGACACAGAGGUGUUGGCAGAAAGGACAUCCUGCUCAUUUGGCUCCCAUUCUGACCUUACAUCUGGUGGCUCAGGCCCUCAGCCUCCUCCACCUUCAUCCAUGGAAGAGAUCCAGGUAGAGCUGCAGUGUGCUGACCUCUGGAAAAGAUUUCAUGACAUUGGGACUGAGAUGAUCAUCACAAAAGCAGGCAGGAGAAUGUUUCCAGCCAUGAGAGUGAAAAUUACAGGUUUGGAUCCCCACCAGCAGUAUUAUAUUGCCAUGGACAUUGUGCCUGUGGAUAACAAGAGAUACAGGUAUGUGUAUCACAGCUCCAAGUGGAUGGUGGCUGGCAAUGCAGACUCCCCAGUGCCCCCGAGGGUUUACAUCCAUCCUGACUCAUUGGCUUCUGGAGACACCUGGAUGAGGCAGGUGGUCAGUUUUGACAAGCUCAAGCUGACCAACAACGAGCUUGAUGAUCAAGGCCAUAUAAUCUUGCAUUCAAUGCAUAAGUACCAGCCCCGUGUUCAUGUCAUCCGCAAGGAUUUCAGCAGUGAUCUUUCCCCUACAAAACCAGUUCCUUCAGGAGAUGGGGUGAAAACCUUCAACUUCCCUGAGACUGUCUUCACAACAGUGACAGCUUACCAAAAUCAACAGAUCACCAGAUUAAAAAUUGACAGAAACCCCUUCGCUAAAGGUUUCAGAGAUUCUGGGAGAAACAGGACGGGGCUGGAAGCCAUUAUGGAGACCUAUGCCUUCUGGAGGCCUCCUGUGCGCACUCUCACCUUUGAAGACUUCACUACCAUGCAGAAGCAGCAAGGAGGCAGCACAGGCACCUCCCCGACAACCUCCAGCACGGGCACUCCAUCACCAUCUGCUUCCUCUCACCUUCUCUCUCCAUCCUGCUCCCCUCCAGCCUUUCAUCUGGCCCCCAACACUUUCAACGUGGGCUGCCGGGAGAGUCAGCUUUGCAACCUCAACCUGUCUGAUUAUCCCCCGUGUGCCAGAAGCAACAUGGCUGCCUUGCAGAGCUACCCAGGGCUGAGUGACAGCGGCUACAACCGGCUCCAGAGCGGCACCGCUUCUGCCUCGCAGCCCUCCGAAACCUUCAUGCCUCAGAGGACUCCAUCCUUGAUCUCAGGAAUGCCAGCUCCUUCCUCCCUGCCCAGCAACAGCAAGAUGGAGGCGUACAGCGGCCAGCUGGGAUCCUUCCCUAGCUCCCAGUUCCAGUAUGUCAUGCAAGCAGGCAACCCUGCCUCCACCUCCUCCUCUUCACACAUGUUUGGUGGUGGCCACAUGCAGCAGAGCUCCUACAACGCCUUCUCCCUGCACAACCCUUACAACCUCUAUGGAUACAAUUUCCCUGCUUCCCCCAGGCUGGCGGCGAGCCCAGAGAAACUCACCACCUCCCAAAGCACUUUACUUUGCUCUUCCCCAUCCAGCGGGGCCUUUGGAGAGAGGCAAUACCUUUCCACAGGGAUGGAUCACGGGAUGCACAUGAUCAGCCCUCCCUCUAGCAACCAGCAGGCAGCCAACGCCUGUGACAACAGACAGUACGGUGCGGUUCAGGGCUCCUCCUCACAGAUGUCUGUGCACAUGGUCUAACAAGCCAUGCCUAUCCUUGGCAUUGAAGGCAGCUGGACCUUCAUCGUUUCCAGGGAUAAACGCAUCCCAGUACCUUUUUGCCUUCAAACUUGUAGUAGAACUAGUAUUGUAAUGAUAAAUAAGAACAUAAGUCAUCUAGGUGUGUGCCACAGAACCCUGUGGAAAGCCUCGACUGACAGCCAACACAGCUUGUUGUAGUCCAGGGCCUCCAGACCUGGCAUGAAGUGCCUGCUCUUACUGGACAUUGCAGAGAGAAGGGCAUGACUUUAAUGAGAAGCUGGAGAGAAGCAUCUGAAUAUACAGUUUAUGCAUUAACUCUCAGCUAGUGUGAGCUCUCGGUGUCAAGGGAGCCAUGCCCCUGUGCUGUCUCCUCCAGGUGUUGAAGAAAGGCAGUCUUUACAAGGCUUCGUCUUCUGAAGCUGCACUGCCCAUGGCUUUAAAGAUCUCCCCUUUCUGUGACCGUUCCUCGCUGCUGGAAUAACUCAGCCCAUUCCUGAAGCAAACAGUGGCCCUUGGGUCCUUCUGCCACUGUAGCACAGGAAUGGUGCUGCUGGGCUGGAUCUUCAUCUCCCAAAGUGGUUUCUGCAUUUUCACCAUGGACUGACAGUUUCUUUGUGAUGGUCAGGCGUACCAGCACCCAGCCUGCAGGUGAACAUGGGAGAGAGAGAAGAGAAAGAAAAGGUUUAACU